AUGGACGUGGAGAACAGUCUUUUGACGCGGCUAGCGGCCAACGGGCCGACAAUGAGCGACGCUCCCAUGCUUCUGAUGGCUGUGGUGCUGGUGCUGGCGCUAUCUGGCGUUCUCACGCGUAAGCUUAGCAGCAUGGGGCUAUCGACGUUGGUGACAGAGACACCUACAAACUUGUCCAUCCCAGUGUCUGUAUUAACUGUCGAAGGUCAUCUGGCUAAGGAAGACUACGUCGAGCGCCUACGUGCGCGUAUACUACACGACGCCUUCUUCCUACGCUGGCGCAGCGUCGUACGUGGUGACUACAAGACAGGCGUCUACAAGUAUGUGGAAGUUCCUGGCUACGACGUGGCACAGAACGUGGUGGAGCACACAGUUGAAGAGGGAGAGACCACGAUGUCGUACGUUGAGUCGGCGUUAGUAAACACCCCGCUGGACUUUGACAAGCCGCUCUGGGAGAUGCAUGUGAUCCACGACCCCAAGGGCAAUCCUGGUAACACUAGCGUCGGCUGGAAAGUGCAUCAUUGUCUCGGUGACGGUGCUUCGCUGGCUACAGCCAUGGCCAAGCUCAGUGACCAGAGUGAGCUCUUCGACGCCAUGGUCGAGAAGCGCCUACAAGCCAAGAAGAGCCCAAAGACCCCCAAGCCACGCAAACCCGUGACUCAGAUCAUUAAAGACAUUUUGGUCUUCCUGUACGUCUGCAUCUGGUCGGUCUACGUGAUCUCCUAUCACAUGUUCGCACUCGUGACUCGUCGUGAACCGGCCACCGUCUUUAAACGUCCCGGCGGCAAGCAAAAACGUCUGUCGUACAACAUGAUCUACUCUGUGAAUGCCACUAAGGCCGUAGGUAAACACUUCCGCGCCACAGUGAACGACGUGAUGCUUAAUGUCGUAGCUGGUGCCAUGCGGAAGACCAUGUUGUCUGUGGGCGAGUCUGUGGCUCCAACACUCAAGGUACGCUGCGCUAUCCCAGUGGACAUGCGCUCCAGUACAGAAGUGAUCCGCCACACUAGCAACCGCUUCUCCUCUCUCGUCAUUGACCUGCCCAUCGGCGUUGAGGACUCUGCUCAGCGUCUGCUCCAAGUCACGGCUGCUAUGAACGAUGCCAAGAAUUCACUUGAGAAGUUCUUCGUGUACUGGUCGACCCACCUCGUGUCGAUGUUGCCAGCGCCGCUUAUGCGCUUGAUCGUACACUUUACUACCAGUCGUAUCUCUGUGGCAACGAGCAAUGUGCGUGCUAGUGUCGUGGAAGUGAGUCUAUGCAAGAGUCCAGUGUCGGGCUUCUACGGGUUCGUGCCUCCACCGCCAUAUGUGAACCUUGGAGUAGCCAUCUUGUCAAUGGGCGAUGAUCUCGGUCUUAACGUUCUUGUGGACCCAUGUGUCGGUGUCAACGCGAAGCAAUUCCUGGAGUUUGCGAAGGAAGAGUUCACUGCACUGCAAGAAUCGGUCGCUGCUAUGGAGGCAAAUGCCGGUGACAAGAAGACAAAAUAAGUUGCAAAUGCAGAUGAAAGCAACUCACACUUCUCUCUGUGGAUAGAGGCUACAGGUUCUAAGUUGUAGUCACUACUGUCUAAUUGAGGAGACGGCACUGUCAAAAAUGAAACGUUAAGUUGUAUGCUA